AUUUCGCAAUCCUUUACAUACCUCUUCCUUUAUAGCAACUGUUAAAAAUCUGACAUUUAUCGAAGGCGUUUCCUUGGAUUCUUAAAAAUUGCCAUAAGCCCGAGUUUUUCGAAGAAAUGGAGGAGAUGUUGGCUUUGGUUAUUUCAUUGUUUCUCCUUCUAGCGUUAGUUCCUUUAUACCUAUGGAAACGCCGUCAGGAUACGCAGUCAACCGAUUUACAUGUUGAAGAACGGCAGGCUCCAAGAAGGGAAAACGUAGUACGCCAUGGGGCUACUGGCGGGCGUAGUAGGAUGCGGAGGAGACCAGCUGCCGGAGGAGCUAGCACGUCAUCAGCUGCAACUGCUGAAGAAACUACUGAUGGAAGUGAGGGAGAAGAAGAAGGAGAUGGACAUCAUGAGGCUAGAGCAUCAAAGAAAAAGGAAAAGAAAAGGCAAGAAAGGGAAGAACAACGAAGGGCUGAAGAGGCUGCUCGCGAGUCAAGGCAGACUAAACAGGAUCGGUAUUCUGAAAUGCGGAGGAGGAAGGACGAGGAGCGUGAGGCUGAGGAACGUAGGCUGGAAGAAGAAGCUAAAGCCCGAAAGGCCAAGGAGGAAGAAGCUGCUGCCUUGGAGUUUGAAAAGUGGAAAGGAGCAUUUUCUGUUGAUGCUGAAGGAACCACAGAGAACGAGUUGCAAGAUGGAAGUCAGGACUUGCUUUCUAAUUUUGUGGAAUACAUUAAGAAUCAUAAAUGUAUUCCUUUGGAAGAUCUUGCUGCAGAAUUCAAAUUGAGAACCCAGGAAUGUAUUAAUAGGAUCGCUUCCCUUGAAAGUAUGGGGCGACUUUCAGGUGUCAUGGACGAUAGAGGGAAGUAUAUAUACAUCUCGAUGGACGAGAUGCAGGCUGUAGCCGACUAUAUCAAGCGUCAAGGAAGGGUUAGCAUCUCACAUUUAGCAAGCAAAUCGAACCAGUUCAUCGAUUUAGGGCCGAAAGUUCAGUUUAUAGAGGAGAUCAGCGCAGCAGAGGAAAUCAACGUUGCUUGAUUCAGCUGUAUCUCCGUAAUAUGUAGGACAAGUUCAGUGAGGAGAAAUAUAGCAAUGGCAUCAUGAAAGGUGCCAAAUUGAAGGAUUUCUGUUUUUUUUUAUAACUUUUUUACAUGUUUAAUGGAUGAAGUCUUGUUGUGUUUCUUUUUGAAA